AUGCGUUGCUGGUCGCUCCUCCUCCUCGCCGCCACGGUGACAGCAAUCCCAGCUUCAGCACCAGGCAACGCCCUCGUCACCCGCGAUUGGCCCGUGAACUGCGUGCCUGGGCACGACUUUACCAUAUCCAACUUCACAAUCUCGAUCCCCAAGACCGACGCGGCCAACAAGACGACCAUAACGUUCGGCUUCUCGUCCAAGCAGACCAAGGUCGAGACAACCUGCCGCCGGAGCUCCAAGACCUGGCCCGUCUACCUGGUGAAGAGCGCGCGGGAACGGUUCGCGUGCGACAACUCGAGCGUCGAGUUCAUCUACGACGUCGUGCCGGGCAGCGGCGACAAGAAGGGCACGCUGGCGCUGAUGGAGGCCGCCUGCACCGAAGGGACCGAGGAGUGGGGCUGGACACCGAUAGAGACGGGGGGAAGUGUGGACCUGGAGCUGCAGUGCGAUGAGGACAAGAAGGACGAGGCGAACAAGUGCAAGGGCAAGGAUGAGAGGGUGAGCGGUAGUUACAUUAGCUACGCGCUCCGGCCGCACAUCGAGCCUGAGGAUCCGGAUCCAUGGAUUAUCGGGGAUGAAGGUGGUCGUGAGGAUUGCCGUGGUGCUCCUAGAGAUCGCUGUCCUGAUGGUGGUGAUGAUGAUGACAGCGGCUCGGGUGAGUGA